AAAGCCACUCAAAGUGUUCAAUGUUUUCAAAUGCUUUCAAUUCAUGUUUUCAAUUGUGGACUAAAUUAUGGACUAAAUUGUGGCAAAUAUUGAUAUGAAUAGUGAUAUACUUGUGAUAUAGUAGUGAUUAGUAGUGAUUGUAGUGAUCGUUGCGAUGAGAAGUCGAAGCAAUUCUGGAGUCCGACUCGACUAUUACCAGAGGAUAGUCUACCGAACCAUUUUGGACCAUCAGAAUGCAGUGACAGGUCUGUUGCCAACGAGUCAUUAUCACCGAAACGAGUCGAUCGGUUCAGACCACGCGUGGGUUCGGGACAAUGUGUACUCAAUUCUGGCCGUUUGGGCACUCAGUAUGGCCUACAAGAAGAACACCGACUUGGAUGAGGACAGGGCUAAGACUUAUGAGUUGGAACAGUCGUGCGUCAAACUAAUGAGAGGACUAUUGAUGGCAAUGAUUAGACAGAAGGACAAACUCGAGGCCUUCAAAGAGACCCAAUCGGUGUCGGACUCAUUGCACGCCAAAUAUUCAUCGGAUACGAUGUUGACAGUAGUCGGUGACCACGAGUGGGGACACUUGCAAUUGGACGCCACUUCACUAUUCCUUCUAAUUUUGGCACAAAUGACUGCUUCCGGUCUUCAGAUUAUCUUCAAUUUAGAUGAAGUGGCGUUCGUUCAGAAUCUGGUGUUUUAUAUCGAGUCCGCGUAUUGUAUCCCCGAUUACGGCAUUUGGGAGAGAGGCGACAAAACCAACCAUGGGCUGCCUGAGCUCAACGCCAGCUCUAUCGGUAUGGCCAAAGCGGCUCUCGAAGCGAUGAAUGAAUUGGAUCUAUUUGGUGGUCGAGGGGGUCCGUCAUCAGUGAUCCACGUGUUGGCAGAUGAGGCCCAGAAAUGUGAUGCUGUGUUGCAGUCAAUGCUUCCCCGAGAGUCGAAUUCUAAGGAAGUGGACGCCGCUAUCCUUUCCGUCAUUGGUUUCCCGGCCUUCGCUCUCGAAGACAAAGAACUUAUCAAAACGACUCGAAGUAAUAUAAUUCAAAAACUUCAGGGAAGGUAUGGCUGCAAACGCUUCUUAAGGGAUGGAUUCCGUACGGCUAAAGAAGACCCGACAAGACUUUAUUACGAGCCCUCAGAACUGAAAGUGUUUGAGAACAUAGAGUGCGAAUGGCCUCUCUUUUUCUGCUAUCUCAUUCUCGACGGACUCUUCAAUGGAGACAGAGAUAUGGUGGAAGAAUACUCCUCGGCAUUGGAAGAUCUGUUAGUGAAGACCGAUGACGGUCUCAAACUAGUUCCCGAAAUGUAUGCCAUUCCGGGACAUCUGGUGGAAGAGGAAUACCGCGAGCCUCACAGUCAGGAGAGGUAUGCGAUUGGCUCGUGUCCCUUCAUGUGGGCUCAAUCCUUGUAUAUCGUCGGACGACUUCUUCAGGAAGGCUUUAUAGCUCCGGGAGAGCUCGACCCUCUCAACAGACGACUCGGCGCUGAGAAAAAACCUGAUGUUGUCGUUCAGGUUGUCAUAUUAGCUGAAGACUCGAAAGUUCAGGAGAAACUCAUUCAACACGACAUUCACAUUAAGACCGUUGAAGAAGUGGCGCCCAUUGAAGUACAACCGGCGCGAGUACUCAGCCAUUUGUACGCUUAUUUAGGUUAUAACAAAAAGUUAGCCCUUUCUGGCCGUCAGUCACGAGAAGUGGGACUUUUAAGCACAAGUAAAUUGUAUUCAUUGCAGGAGAAGAUCUUUGCUUUUACUCCUCAGUUCGUUGACGAACAUCGAUAUUAUAUCGCUUCGGACACCAAUUUAAUGUUGGAUACAUUUAAGUCGGAAAUAGCCUUCUUGAAAGUGAAUUGGCGAAUGUUAGGCAGACCUACAGUUGUCAUUGCCCUCAGCUCUCGUAUUAUUGGAGAAAACGACAAAAUUCCGGUUUCAAUGAUAUCUACAAUAAAGAAACUGAAAAGCGGUUAUUUGAACGGAACGAGAGUUGUUUUGGGAACACUUGAAGACUUUCUAAGCACUUCUUGUAUCACAAGUUUAAGCUUUUUGUCGAACACCGAAGAGGGAGAUCCCGAAGGACUCAAUGAUAAUGUCAAAGAGUUCCUCGAAAAAGAGCUUAAAAAGCCUUUUGUACGUAAAAUCUCUCGUCAGGUGUCAGCGAAACGCAAGAUUAGUAUACGUUCUCGAAAGUCGGGAGUUUCUGGAAUUAUCAAAAGGACACGUUCUAUACAAGUGGAUCAAUACGAUCCCGAUUUAACUCAAUUGAGAUCUACUUAUUUGGAAAGUAAGGCGCAGUCGAGUACAUCGAAGCCUUCAUCAGAGCACUCGUCCUCACAAUCGUCUCCACUUCACGAACCAAUGCUUGAAAGUACUGACAGUUUAAAUACCAGGAAUACAAUGGGCGUCAACACAAUGGAUGUUUCAAAGCCUAUUGAAAAACGUUUGAAAGGAUUGUCUGAAUUACACAUCAAUGAAGACAUCAAAGAUGACGAGUUGUUGACUAUGUAUAGGGAGGCGGAGGUGUUGGAAGAACAGGCAGAUAUUCUGCACUACUUGUUUUUUAAUAAAGGCCUUUCAUGGGAAACGGGUUUGGGUGCGGAUCGGCCGAUGAAAGUGCGAGAUCUACUGAAAGAGCUGUACGAGAAGGCAUGCAGUGAGAGGAAGUGGGCAUUAGUGCGACACUCGGCCGGAAUGCUUGGCAAACAAGUUGAAGAUUUAGCCAAAUCUGUGGCCGAUAUGUUAGUCCGUCAAAAGCAGAUUACAGUUGGAAUGCCUCCGCAUUACGAACAGGCAAUCAUAAGGCCAUUACCCGCUAAGGAGUUGAGACAAAUCAUUGAUCAAACCCACGGUGGAGACCAAAGCACUGCUAUGUUAACGCAGGAACUCCUCAUUUAUUUAGCAAUGUUUAUAAGAACAGAACCUCAAUUAUUUCAAGAGAUGCUUCGCUUAAGAGUUGGCCUUAUUAUACAAGUUAUGGCUUCAGAGUUGGCGCGCGCUCUCAAAUGCGAUGGCGAGGAGGCGUCCGACCAUUUGCUUAAUUUAAGUCCUUAUGAAAUGAAAACACUUUUGCAUCAUAUUCUUAGUGGCAAAGAGUUUACUGUGAAAAGUGCUAGAAGUGGUCGCGUCUCUAUUAUGAACGACCGAAUGCUGAGUAAAAAGAGUUUUGUUGAUAGCAUUUCGCCGAUGGGAGAGAACAGUGUGACGAGUGUUGAGGAUUACGGCUUUGAAAGCGACCGUCCGGGACAGUGGCUUAGGCGCAGACGACUUGACGGCGCACUCAAUCGCGUUCCCAUCGGCUUCUAUACCAGGGUUUGGUCUGUUCUCGAAAGAUGUCAGGGAAUAGCAAUUGAGGGCCGAAUUUUGAUGCAACAGUUGACACGAGAGAUGACAUCUGAAGAACUCAAGUUUGCACUUCAAGCCGAGUCUGUUCUCAAUUGUGUGCCUCAACCCGAGUACAGGCAACUGAUGGUCGAGGCCUUAAUGGUAUUGACACUUCUUGUAGAACACGAAUGCGUCAAAACAUUGGGUGGUAUUAUAAAUAUUGAACAAUUGGUUCACAGAGCGAAUCAGAUUUUUCUUGAAGAUCAGCGGUCAGUGAACGGCGACGCCACUCUCUGUUGUGCCUGUAAUGCCAAUCAACGCAUCACAUACUGUGGCGGCGCUGCAAACAUAUGUCAACACUUCUAUGAUAGCGCGCCGUCUGGUAAUUACGGGACAAUGACUUAUCUGAUACGAGCCGUCACUUUAACCCUUGACAUUAGCCCUAACAAUGGAAUCGAUUGCACAGUCUAUAGUAGGGUUAGGCGCGGGACCAACCUAGCCGCUAAAAACGCUACAUUCUAUGGUAUCACAAUCAGAAUAAAG